AUGUAUAAUCCUAAAUUAAAUUUACCAGAACAAAAAAAUAAUAGAGCUUUUUGGUCAGAUUAAGUACUACCUUUAUAAAUAUGUUAUGAUGUUUAAACAAAAUUACCUAUAGAAUUAAAAUAAGUGAGUUACUUAGUAAAAAUAUAACCAGGUUUAGCGAUUGUUUAAAUUUCAUAAACCUACUUUACUGAAGAAAACAAAUAAUAAAGUGAGUUAGAAUACUUAUAUACUAUUGAAUAAAAUUCUGCAGUUAGUUAGAUGAUAGUUGAACUUGGAGAUUAAAGAAUGUUUGGAUUAAUUAAAGAAUUAGAAGAAGCAAGAUAAUAAUACAAAUAAGGAAUAGAAGAUGGAAAAACUAUGGUUUUAAAUGAAUAAGAUUCUAAAAUAUUAAAUAUAAAGAGAGUAAAAAUUGGAUGUUUGAAGUCUGGAGUAUAAUUAAAAAUUUUAUUUGAAUACAUUUAACCUUUAUAAGUGUUUUUAAAUUAGUUUUGGAAAUUAGAAUUGCCACCAAUGAUAAAUGCAAGCUUUUUAACAGCAUAUUAAUUAUAAGGUAUUAAUAAGGAUUAUGCUCAACAAUAUUUAUCAGUCAUGAAACUUGUUAAUAUUUAAGCAUUUAAAUUUAAUUAUAAAUAACAUAUUACUGUUAUAAUUAAUAUUGAAGAACCUCUCACUUAUGCGAAUUCUCCAACACACUUGAUAAAUGUAAAAUAAAGUAAUGUUAAAGGUUAAGAGAAUUAAGUGAUUAUUACUCCAGAUGAAGAUACUAUGCUACCAACUAAAAAGUUUGAAUUAUUAUUCUCUUCAGUUAACAUAAACAAACCUCAUGCUCUUUUAAGUCAUACUAAUAACGAUGCUUUACAAAAAAUUAAGUAUUGUGCUACUUUGACUUUAAUCCCUAAAUUUAAUUAAUAUCCAAUAGAUGAUGCAUAUUAAUCAUACUUAAAUGGUUUAAAUUUACCAUAAUAAUCAAAAAUCUAAAGAGGCAUAUAUAUAUUUAUUAUUGAUAGAAGUGGUUCAAUGCAAUAUGGAAGAAUUAAAAAAGCAAAAUAAUCUUUGAUUCUAUUUUUAAAGAGUCUUCCUGAAGAUAGUUUUUUCAAUAUUAUCUCCUUUGGUAGUAAAGCAUAAAAAAUGUUUGAUAUAUCACAAUCAUAUAAUUAAUAAUCAUUAGAAUAAGCCAUAAAGUAAGUUUAAGAUAUGGAAGCAGAUUAUGGCGGAACUGAUAUUUAUAAUGCCUUGUAAAUUGCCAUUUAUAGUGAUAAUUAUUUAAUGAAGAAAAAUUCAACAGAAACUCUUAAUGUUUUUUUACUAACUGAUGGAGAGGAUUCACCAGAACGGAUUAUUGAUUUGGUUCUUAAAAAUUAAAAGACUGAAACUAGAAUAUAUACACUUGGAAUUGGAAAUGGUUGUAGUGAGUAUUUAGUCAAAAAGUUAGCAGAUGUUGGAAAUGGAAAAUGUUAAUUAGUAGGGGAUGAUGAAGAAAUUAAUUCAAAAGUUAUUGAUUUAUUAGAGGAUUCUUUAACUUGUUAUUUAAAGGGAUUUCAACUUACUCAUAAUGUUGAAAAUGUUUCAUAAAUCAUACCUGAUCCAAAAUCAAUAAAUUUAUUGAAGAAAAAUUAAGAAUUAACAAUAUAAAUUCUCUUUUCAAAAAAAUGUAAAUAAGAAAAUUUAGAAUUUAAGAUUGAUUGUUAUGAUCCAUAAACAAAUAAAUAAAUUUAAUUUUAAACCAAAUUAAAGUUAAAUCAAUCCUAAGAGAGUGAGUAUUUUCAUAAAUUGGCCGCUCAUAAACUAAUUGGCUAUUAUGAGAAAUCAAUAAAAUUUGAUGAAUAACAAAUUAAUAUGGUAAAAUUAGAUUAAAAAUACAUAACUGAUAAAGAUAUAAUCAAUUUAUCAAUUUAAAAUCAAAUUUUAUGUUCAAAAACAGCAUUUAUUUGUGAAGUCUGCUAAAAUGAAUCGAAUAUCAAAUAAUUGAUCAAGAAUAAGCAUGUAGUUGUAAAAAAUGAAGAGAACCCAAGAAUUUAAACUAGUAUUACUUAAAAAAUUGCGAACUUUUUUUAAUCUUUUCGCUCAGAUUAAAAUCUUAUGUAAGAAACUGUAUGUAUGUGUGCCAAUGAUCAAGAAUUAGAAAUAGAUCAAAAUUUUAAUUAAUAUUUAAUUCCUUAAGUAAACGAUAAUUACUAAGAAAUCUCUUCAGUAAAUGAUAAGGAAAAACAAAAAAAAUAUGAGUUGAUUUUAUCCCAUAUUGAAUUGAUUGACUGUGUUUAAGCAAAUGGCAGUUUUCUUUUAACAUAAAACAUUAAAGAUAAGCUAAGCUUGCAAUAGUUAACUAAUAAAUAAAAUCUAUAAGAUUAUAUUUGGUAAACAGUGAUCUCACUCUUUUAUUUGGAAAUAUUUUGUAAAAGCUCCUAAAGUUAAUGGUAAUUAAUAUUUAACAAAGCAAUAAAUUAUUUAUUCAAGUAAGGAGUUGAUUAUUCUAUUAUUAAAAAUGAAUCCAUUCAAGAAUUUGAAGGUUUAUUUUAGAAGGCAAACAUUUGAAAAAAAUCUAAUAGCUG